AUGACGACACCGGUGACGAAGGAGGCCUCCACCAAGGAGCUCCCCGAGGUGACCUACCACACCCCCUUCCCGAUGGCAGGGGAGGCGUGCGUGGAGGGCGGGAUGGUCUACCGUCUCGCCGGGCGUCGAGAAGCCCUUCUUUUUCGACGCUACGCCGACGACCUGGACGGGUUUACGCUUCGCCAUAACAACCACGAAACGCUCGUGUGGGAGAAACGUCUCCCGAACGAGGCUUCGCACCUAAUUAAAGUCUUCUCCAUCUUUCAUGAUGCCACGCCUGGGGAGCUGUACGAUUUGAUGCAGGAUGCCGUCUUCCGGGAGGAGUGGGAUACGUUUCGGCUGGAGGCCUAUCGGGUGGCGCGGUUGGAUGCGGCAAAUGAUAUCGGCUACUAUGCCGCCCGCUCGCCGCUUCCUUUUGUGGCGAAUCGCGAUUUUGUGAAUCAGCGGAUGUGGCAUGAUGCCGGGCGGGGGGAGUAUGUGAUUUUUAACACCUCCGUUCCGCAUCCGGCGGUGCCCCCCGGGGAGCGUUGUGUGCGGGCGGUGAGUAUGCUCACGGGGUAUUUCUUUCAACCCUGGGUGAAUCCUCGAACCGGGGAGGUGGAUGGAACGGCGUUUACCUAUCUCACCCAUGUGGAUCCUCGAGGGUCGAUUCCGAAGACGCUGAUGAACUACGUUACCACGAAGUUCGCGCCGAAGACGAUCAAAAAGGUCGGGAAGGCGCUCAAGCGGUUUAAGGUGUGGCUGCCUGCACAGCUCGAGGCGGGGGGGUAUGUGCGGGAUUGGGUGAAGGAGCCGGAGUGGUGGGUUUCCCCCGAAGAGGAGGCGGCGAAUCCGAUUCGAAACAUCACCAUCGACUUCGCGAAGGAGAAGAUGAAGGGGAUCGUGAACUGA